UGUUGCAGCAUAGAAAACACGAGUUGGAAUAAAGGGUUUAUUUCUAAAGAUUAAAUCAUUGCGAGCCUUCCAAAUGAAGUACGCAGUAUGCAAAAGUAUACUGAGGAUUUGUGUUCUGAGAGUGAAACUUUGAAAGGAAAUCAAUCCAAUUUAUGAAGGAACCCUGCCAAUUAUCAGGAUGGAACUGAGGGAAGAGUGAGCACCAAAUCCAGGUUGAUUGCUUGUCCUUCAUAUACAUGUUGCAAGAAAACAUCGUCCCUACCCAAUAGCCAGAAAGCAAAGAACUUGGGAGAAACUGCUUGAGAACCCUUGUUCCGAUUCAAAUACCUGGACACAGAGAUUGUGGAUAAUCUCAAGGCAAUUAAGGAGAGGAAAGAUCAAGAAUUGAAGAAAAAGUUAGCAGACACCAGGAACAAUAUCAUGGAGAGUUUUGGAGGAGAUGACGGUGCAGAUGACAUUGCAACUAUAGGAAGUGAUUUGAUAUCUUCCAUGAACAACAUUGUGCCUGAAAAUUCUUUACUGUCGACCAAAUGUUGCAUCUUUGCAACCCCAAAAUUACUCUUGAAAGAUAAUGAAAAAUCUUAUUUACCCACGGCAUUCGCCAUUGGGCCAGUGCACCAUGGCAAACCAGACUUGCAGGAGGCAGAGCAAAUUAAACUGAAGUAUACACGAGACCUCAUUGCUCGAGUCUCAGAAUGGAAUGACACGAUUGUGAAGGACUUAGUCAAAGAGAUUGCAAGUCUUGAGGAACAAGCCCGCCAAUACUACGCUGUGCCAGUGAAAUUCAAUAAAGCAAAGUUUGUAAAACUGUUGUUGGUUGAUGGUUGCUUUAUCAUCGAGCUGUUCCGUAAAAGGCUAGGUGAUUCACCUAUUUAUGAGGAUGACCCAGUAUGUGGUAGGCCUUUCUUACGUGAGGUAUUAGGCACUGACUUGUUAUUACUAGAAAACCAAAUACCUUGGAUGGUUCUCGAUCGAUUGUUUAGCAGCACAACCCGUACUGGUGCACUUUCCCUGACUCAAGUAACCUUAUCCUUCUUUAGUUUCUUGCGAACAGGAGGGUUAGAUCUACAAACGGAAAAUAGUUUCAUGCUCAGCACUUUAGAUCAAAGCAAGCACGUACUUGAGCUGUUAAGAAACUCAUUAGUUUGGUCAACUAUUCCAGAAGGAGGCGAGCUUGAUACAUGGGAGCUAAUUCCGAGUGCCUCGAGUCUGACGGAAGCUGGUGUUAAAUUCAAGAAAGGUAGUACAUCGAAUGGCUUAUUGGAUAUCAAAUUCAGUAAUGGGGUACUUGAAAUACCACCUUUGGUUAUUGUCGAACCGACAAAAGCUUUCUUCCGAAACUUGAUUAGCUAUGAGCAGUGUUACCAUUGGUGCCAUCCUAAGAUCACUUCUUAUGCCAUGCUUCUAGAUCUUCUCAUCAACACUUCAAAAGAUAUGGAUAUACUCUGCGAAAACGGAAUCAUUCAGAAUUGGUUGAAUCCAGAAGAUGCGACCCAGAUCUUCAACAACCUUUACAAUGAUACAAAUGUCAGCCACUUCUAUUAUCUUGAACUUUGCCGGGAAGUGAACAAGUAUUGCAAACGUCGUUGGCCGAGAUGGCGAGCAAUGUAUGUGCGAAAUCAUUUCAGCAGUCCGUGGGCAAUCGCUUCUCAAGUUUUGGCAGCUAUCAUAUUUAUUCUCACAUUGUUGCAAACAGUGUUUAGCAUCAAGAGUUAAAAUUGAAAGGUAAAUAUAUCGUUAGGAUUUGCUCAGCUAGUUUAUUUGGUUGCUUUCACUUGCUACUAGUUGUUCCUUUAUGUGGCCUCGUUUGAUUUUUGCACUUUGUAAUUCAUUUCGUGUGGCGCUUGUAUUUGGGAAAUGCAUGUUAUAUAUGUCUCCGUUCUUUCUUGUUUGGUCGACCUCCAUGGCCUUUUAGUUCUUUUUAUGUAUUGAAAAUACUAGCACGAAUCGUGUUUCUAGAAA